AUGGAGAUAGAAUAUUUCUGUAAUGAAACUAAGGAGAACAAGAAGAAAGGAGAUGAGCGACUAAUUACUCCUGCAGCAGGAGUUGAUCCUGAAGCUUUUGAAGUCAUUCAGGAAUGUCUUCGAGAAGUUUUCCAUAUUGAUCAAUCCUCAAGUGCAGGUGGAGUGCCGAAAGGGGUUUUCAUUAGUUUAUUCAGUUCAAUGGAAGGAGCUCGACACGGUAAUGAUACGAGAGCACAGCCCUGUUCACAACAGGCAGCUCCAGCUCCAUCCACUGAAAAUUCAUCCUCUGGAGGUGAUUCGUUGUCCACAGGUCUUCCGGUAAAAGAAUUGUUGCAUCAGUUCUUGCUUGCGCUUACGAAAGCUCGCUUCUUCAAGCCAAGGCCUACAGAAGAUGCUAAUACCCGAGCAACCAAAGUGAAGAAAUAUUUUCAUGAUGCUGUAGAGGAGCUGAAAAAUGCAUCUCGAGCCCUUACCAUCAACAAUCUGGCAGAAACAAUAAUAUCACAAGGAAUAAUGGCAAUGGAGUUAGAGCAGUAUACAAAAGCAGUCGACCUGUGUAGUUGUGCCAUUGCCCUUUCUGAAGACAACAAGGAUGUCCUCUACUGCAAUAGAGCGGCUGCUCAUUAUGGGAAUCAAAAGUAUGCUGCAGCUUUGUGUGACUGUAUGAAAGCAAUAGAAAUCAACCCUAAGUGCAUUGAGGCAUAUAGUCACUUUGGUCACAUCCGUCUUGAACAAGGAAACAUUAUUGAUGCUCUUUGCCAUGGAUUUGUGAAAGUUGUACAAUUGGAUCCAAGUAAUGAGGAAGCACAAGAAAAUAUUCGCAUUUGUGAAGAGAAACUGCGAGACAAGUUUACACGGAUGCGGGAGCAGAAUGAAGCUUUGGUAAACCUAAUAAAAGAACCGUUUCUUCCACUUGUGCGCAGUACAAGGCCUGUUGCACCAAGAGAAGCACCAAGCACAUCAGCUAGGCCUUCACAGUCUGGUGACAGAAACACUAACAAGUCUCCCACGCAUGAAACAAUUGAAACCGGGGAAGUGGAAAAUAUGGAAGAAGUGGUUGCUUUAUUGUCGAUUUCUUCCUCAAAUCUUGAUGAUCCUUUAGGAAGCAAGCCAUGAUUGAAGAGAUUUCAAGGCUUGGUUUAACGGGUUUAGCAGUGCUUUAAGGUGUAAAAACCAGUAGAUUGAGCAGCAAAUUAUCAUACAAAAUUUAUUUAAAAUCAUUGUAUACAUAUGUAAUACAAUGGACUUCUUUCAAGAAGAAAAAAAUGUAUUCAACAGACAAUUAGACCAACAUUGAACCAUGAUAUGUAGUAGUAACUUGUCACUCAGCCAUUUUGUAUAACCAAAACAAGGAUUUUAGCUUUCUUGAUAGUUUCGUAAUUUAUCAAUUUUUAUCUUUC